ACUGCAUUCUGCAGAGAAAGACACAGGAGGAGAGGAGACACCAAGUUUUUGUUGCUGGCUGGCUGUUUGCUGCUGGAACUUGUCUCUGGGAUUCAAAGCUGCAUGGAGUACAUACCUCGCUGUAGGAAAUGCUCUGCUGUGCGCUGUGCAGAAAGUGGGACACUGCAGUGAGUUAAGGAUUUCCAAAAAAAAAAAAAAAAGGGGAAUGCAAAGAACAGAAAAGAGGUGCUACUGGACAGGAACCCCCUGACGGAGGCCAAGCUCUGUGGUGGUGGAGGCCGCAACGAGGCCCCUAAAAGAGCCUCCGACGACCCUCCCUGCCGGCUAAGCCUUAACCGCCGAGGAGAGCCAUGCCUCCCCGGAAGCGCGGCAAUGGUGGCAGCGGUGGCCGCGGGGGCCUCUCCUUCAUCCUCUGCUGCUUCAACAACAGCGACCACCCGGAGAUCACCUACAAGCUGCGGGAAGACUUUGCCCUGCAGGCCAUGGAGCCAGCACUGCCCAUGCCAGGGUAUGACGAACUGGAUGGAAUGUUUUCAGAGUUGGUGGACGAGCUGGACCUCACAGAAAAGCACCGGGAAGCCAUGUUUGCCCUGCCGGCUGAGAAAAAAUGGCAGAUCUACUGCAGCAAAAAGAAGGAGCAAGAAGAGAACAAAAGUGCAACUAGCUGGCCAGAGUACUACAUCGAUCAACUUAAUUCGAUGGCAGCUAGAAAGACGCUUCUUGCCCUGGAGAAGGAAGAUGAGGAGGAGAGGAAUAAAACCAUUGAGAGCUUGAAAACGGCUCUAAGGACACAACCGAUGAGGUUUGUGACCCGCUUCAUCGACGUGGACGGCCUGACAUGCAUCCUCAACUUCCUGAAGAACAUGGACUACGAGACCACCGAAUCGCAGAUCCACACGUCGCUAAUCGGCUGCAUCAAAGCACUGAUGAACAACUCUCAGGGCCGCGCCCACGUGCUCUCACACACCGAGAGCAUCAAUAUCAUCGCCCAGAGCCUGGCCACGGAGAAUGUCAAGACCAAGGUGGCCGUGCUUGAGAUCAUGGGUGCUGUUUGCCUGGUCCCAGGAGGCCACAAGAAGAUCCUGGAGGCCAUGCUGCACUACCAGCGCUUUGCCUGCGAGAGGACGCGCUUUCAGACACUUAUAAAUGAUCUGGAUCGGAGUACAGGGCGCUACAGAGAUGAGGUCAACUUGAAAACAGCCAUAAUGUCUUUUAUUAAUGCAGUGCUGAGUCAAGGCGCAGGAGAGACAAGUCUGGAGUUCCGUAUCCACCUGCGAUAUGAGUUCCUGAUGCUGGGAAUCCAACCCGUUAUCGAUAAGCUACGUUCCCAUGAAAACGCCACGUUAGACAGGCAUUUAGACUACUUUGAGAUGCUGCGCAAUGACGAUGAGCUGGCUCUGUCCAAACGUUUUGAGUCGGUACACAUCGACACCAAGAGUGCCACCCAAGUGUUUGAACUCAUCCGCAAGAAGAUGAACCAUACUGACGCAUAUCCGCACUUUAUGUCCAUCCUCCAUCACUGCCUCCUAAUGCCACACAAGAGGAGCGGUAACACGGUGCAGUACUGGCUGCUGCUCGACCGUAUUGUCCAGCAGAUGGUCCUGCAAAAUGACAAAGGUCACGAUCCCGAUGUCACGCCACUGGAGAACUUUAACGUGAAAAACGUAGUGCGGAUGUUAGUCAACGAAAAUGAAGUCAAACAGUGGAAAGAGCAGGCAGAAAAAAUGAGAAAAGAGCAUCACGAGCUACAGCAGAGAUUCGAGAAGAAGGAGCGCGAAUGUGACGCCAAGACGCAAGAGAAGGAGGACAUGAUGCAGACACUCAACAAGAUGAAAGAGAAACUGGAGAAGGAGAGCAGUGAGCACAAGAAUGUCAAGCAGCACGUGGCCGAACUCACAGCACGGCUCCACGAACUCAGCACAAGACAAGCUGCCAUUGUCCCAGGCGGACCCCCUCUACCCCCAGGACCCCCCGGUGGCCCUGUACCAAACACGAUUACCUUCUCUGGCUUGUGUCCGCCUCCUCCCCCACCUCCGGGUGGCAUCAUGCAUCCCCCGCCUCCCCCUCCUCCACCGGGCGGCCCUCCACCCCCUCUGGGCCGCGCCCCCAUCGGAGGCAUCCCACUGCCUCCGGGAGCUCCGCUGGGACCUUCCAUGAAGAGAAAGAACAUUCCGCAGCCAUGCAACCCUCUCAAGUCCUUCAAUUGGUCCAAGUUAGCUGAGAAUAAACUUGAAGGCACCGUUUGGAUGGAGGUGGAUGAUGCAAAGGUUUUCAAAAUCCUGGAUCUGGAGGACAUUGAAAAAACAUUUUCAGCCUAUCAGAGACAGCAGGACUUCUUUACGAUCAAUAGCCACAAACAGAAAGAGGCAGAGGAUGACACGCUGAGCUCCAAAAAAGUGAAGGAACUGUCAGUCAUCGACGGCCGUCGAGCGCAAAACUGCAAUAUUCUCCUCUCAAGGUUGAAGCUUUCCAAUGAGGAAAUCAAGAGAGCCAUCCUUACCAUGGAUGAGCAGGAGGACCUUCCUAAAGACAUGCUGGAGCAGUUGCUGAAAUUUGUACCGGAAAAGAGCGACGUGGAUCUCUUGGAGGAGCACAAGCACGAACUGGACCGCAUGGCCAAACCUGACCGCUUCCUCUACGAGAUGAGCCGAAUAAACCACUACCAGCAGAGAUUGCAAUCUUUGUACUUCAAAAAGAAGUUUGCAGAGAGGGUAGCAGAGAUCAAACCCAAAGUUGAAGCUCUGACCAAGGCUUCUAAAGAGGUCUUACACAGCAGAAACCUGAAGCAGCUCCUGGAGGUGGUGCUGGCGUUCGGCAACUACAUGAACAAGGGACAGAGGGGCAACGCAUAUGGCUUUAAGGUGUCUUCUCUCAACAAGAUUGCCGACACCAAAUCCAGCAUCGACAAAAAUAUCAACCUCUUGCACUACUUGAUCACCAUCCUGGAGAAGAAGUACCCCAAAGUGCUCAAGUUUCAGGGCGACUUGGAGAAUAUCCCUGAAGCAGCAAAAGUCAACAUGACCGAGUUGGAGAAAGACAUCGGCAACCUGCGGAGCGGUCUCAAAAACGUGGAGAGUGAGCUGGAGUACCAGAAGAAUCGACCGCAGGAGCUGGGCGACAAGUUUGUGUCUGUGGUGAGCCAGUUUAUCACCCUGGCUAGUUUCAGCUUCUCCGAUGUAGAGGACUCUCUUACAGAGGCCAAAGACCUGUUCCUGAAGGCCGUAAAGCACUUUGGCGAGGAUGCCAGCAAGAUGCAGCCCGACGAGUUCUUUGGCAUCUUCGACCAAUUUGUGCAGUCGUUCAUUGAGGCGCAGCAGGAGAACGAGAACAUGCGAAGACGCAAGGAGGAGGAGGAGCGCCGCGCCAAGAUGGAAGCUCAGCUCAAAGAACAAAGGGAGAAGGAGCGAAAGGCGCGUAAAGCCAAGGCGAGCGGCGAGGACGAUGGCGGGGAGUUUGACGACUUGGUGUCUGCGCUGCGCUCAGGUGAGGUGUUUGACAAGGACUUGUCCAAGAUGAAGCGCAACCGCAAGCGCAUCAACAGCCAGAACACAGACUCCGGCCGAGAGCGGCCCGUCACCAAGCUCAACUUCUAAGAGCCGGAAAACGUCCUGCUCCUGUCCUUGUAGGUACUUUUCAGGUUUUUGUUUCCAAAUAUCUGUUUCAACCCGACAUGCACAUUCCUCUCCGUUCCUGCCUGGCAACAAGCGCACACACACACACACGGCCACGCCCGUUUUGACAUUUUUUUCCCCAUCCUCGCGAGCAUUUCACGUCUAACCGCGACGAUGCUGGAGAACACAUUUGGAUUGGAUACGCUCUUUUUCUACAUGCUACUUUUAGACUCGUGGGGACGGUUUUUUGUACAAAGUGAUGUCAUGGAUCCUCGCUGCUCUUUUUUUCGGGAGACUCAAUUUCCAACCUGAAGGUGCUGAGAGUAGCAUCUACCAGGGAAGGAAGACGCUUCAUUUUACCAGAGCUUUAACUGCAAGCAAAGUAGAUUCUCUCCUGAUUUCACACGUGUGCAGCGUUUAUAUAUUUAAAGAUAUAUCAGAGCACUGUUUUUUUUUUUUUUAUUCCUGUUAAGAGCUGGCCUUAACUGUUGAUCUUAUUUCAAGUUGGUACUCUCCGGGCCUGGGCCUAAAAGUCACUCAUGUCAUAGAGGUCGUACAUGUGUACAAAAAGGUUGCGCUUUUUACACAUUUGCACAUAUAAAAGUCAUAAUGCCAUUAAAAAACAUACCCAACCAA